AUGGCGGGCGGCGCGGUGCGGGCGCGGGCCGUGCGUCCGCCGCCUCCUCCGCCUCUGCCGCCUUGGCUGCCGCCUCCACCGCUGCUCCUGCUGCUCCUGCUGCUCCUGCUCCUGCCGCCCGCGGGCGUGCGCGGCGCCGGGCCCCCGGCCGUGCAGGACGGCGAGUUCACGUUCCUGCUGCCCGCGGGGAGGAGGCAGUGCUUCUAUCAGUCGGCGCCGGCCAAUGCCAGCCUGGAGACCGAGUACCAGGUGAUCGGAGGGGCUGGGCUGGACGUGGACUUCACCCUGGAGAGCCCUCAGGGCGUGCUGCUGGUCAGCGAGUCCCGCAAGGCAGACGGGCUGCACACAGUGGAGCCCACAGAGGCGGGCGAUUACAAGCUGUGCUUUGACAACUCCUUCAGCACCAUCUCUGAGAAGCUGGUGUUUUUCGAGCUCAUCUUUGACAGCCUGCAGGACGAUGAGGAGGCGGAGGGCUGGGCCGAGGCUGUGGAGCCCGAGGAGAUGCUGGACGUCAAGAUGGAGGACAUCAAGGAGUCUGUGGAGACCAUGCGGACACGGCUGGAGCGCUGCAUCCAGGUGCUGACGCUGCUGCGGGCCUUCGAGGCGCGUGACCGCAACCUGCAGGAGGGCAACCUGGAACGUGUCAACUUCUGGUCGGCGGUCAACGUGGCCGUGCUGCUGCUCGUGGCCGUGCUGCAGGUGUGCACACUCAAGCGCUUCUUCCAGGACAAGCGCCCUGUGCCCACGUAGCCCGAGCAUGGGUGUGUGCAGUGUGUGUGUGUGUGUAGGGUGGGG